AUGGCUCCUCAGAUUCAUUUGCGUUUCGUUGUGUUAAUCUUCUUCUGUUGUUGCAAUGUCUUAGUUCAAUCUCAAGUUCCUGAAAGCCAGACUUUCCAACUCAUAAACCAAGGGGAAUUGGUAAAGGCGGCAAGUGAAUACGGGUCGACUUUCCGUGUCGCAAAACCAUAUGAAGAUUCUCACAAAUACAUAACACACACAUUCGGGCUAUAUUUCUAUAAUGCUACUCGCAAUGCUUAUGUUCUUGGCAUUGGUGGAGGUCACAAUGUAGGCGGCGAUGUUCAGUGGAUCUGGGAUGCUAAUCGCAAUGACCCAGUUCAAGAAAAUGCUACUCUCACUUUCGGUACUGAUGGUAAUUUAGUUCUUGCAGAUGUCGAUGGCCGUAUUGUCUGGCAAACUAAUACAGCUAACGAAGGUGUUGCCGCAAUUUCUAUGGGUAUCAAUGGGAAUUUAGUACUUGGAAACAUAAAAGGGAAGGCUAUUUGGCAGAGCUUCCAUCAUCCAACUGAUACUCUUGCAGUAUGUCAAUCACUUAAGCUUAAGGGUAACACGAAACUCGUUAGCCGUACAUCGGAUCGAAACAGUCGUGAUGGUCCUUACAGUGUUAUACUCGACGACAAAAACGGGUUCAUAAUGUAUCAAAACACUUCAGGUAAACUUGUUCAAUAUGCAGGUUGGGAAGCAAAGGGUCUUUCUAAUGUAUCAUUUCAUGCUAUUACAAGAAUUGAUCCAGUUCAACCACCACAAGGUCCAAGAUUUCCAGAUUGGGAACCAAAGGGUAAAACAUUUUAUUUCUUAUCUCUAGGUUUUGCUGAAGGAAUACAAGCAAGCACUCCAUCUAAAAGAUAUAUACUUAAAACAACAGAUAAUUCUCAUCUUCAGCACUGGUCAUUUCUUAGAUUAGAAGCAGAUGGAAACCUUGUAGCUUAUAGCUACAUUAUACCAAGUAGGCAGCCUUAUUCUGGUCACUGGAGGAAAACGUACGCAUUCUUUGGAGAUACCGUGAAAGAAUGUGCAUUAAGAUCAAAAUGUGGUUCAUCUGGGAAGUGUUAUGGGCGACUUUGUAGCGCUUGCCCUCGUAAUGGUUCAUUAGGCUGCAUGAUCACUGUAUGA